CACAGUGAAUGUGCUACCACCAGAGAGAGAGAGAGAGAAAUGUAGGCUGUCUGAAGGAGAGCGAGACCGAGAGCCCAAUGAGACAGUUUUAGCAAGCCAGCAAAGGAGAAAGAGAGAGAAAGCUAUAGAGAGAGCAUCAGAGAGAAAGAAAAGGAUAGCAAAAGUGGUCAGCUGCUGCACCAGUGAGAAGUCUGUGUGUGUGAUAGGUUGCAGAGUGAGUGUGUUUGUGAGUGUGUUGGGAGCAGCGGAUGGCACGCUUGCUCCCUGAAGAAGGAAAUGUAUUGGGCUGACUGAGAGAAUGUGAGGUGUGCUGUGGUAAUUCUGCUGGCUGCGUGAACUGGGAAUACUGCGAUCAGAAUAGUCUGCUCCCUGUGGAUAUUUGAAUUUUCCUGGACUGUUGUUUUCUUUCAAACCAUUCACUCAUCUUCAGGGGUUUGAACAAAUCUGUUAUUUUUGCUGAAGGAAAGUCAUAGCCAUUAUGCCAACUGACGAUUACACGGAUGCCCUCCCUCCUCUCCCGGAGAUUCCGGACGCCGGCUCGGUCCUGAGCUCAGUGGGCGUUCCGGGCCGCUUCCGCCACUCCCCCCUACGCUACUGCUCCGCCCACAGCAUGGACUCCUCCCCAGACAGUGCUGAGCGCCCAAUUAGCUACGGCUCCACCUCUUCCUCCGCCUCCUCCCGGGACAGCCACUGCUCACUGGGCAGCCGCUCCACCUUAGGCCCCUCCCCUCACUGUCAUCCCGCUCCGGACCGCGACCGGGACUCCGGGGCGAUCCAAUUGGAGCUGGUUCCAGCCAGGCAGCUGGGAUGUGGGGAUGAGGAGGAGAGGAAUGAUGGAGGGACAGAGGCAGGAAGAGAGACCGUUAGACAGGUAUCUGCCCAGACCCCCCAGUCAGACACCAAGGCUGGGGAGAGAAGCUCCCCGGGGCCCAGGGUGCAGUAUGUGGACAGGGUGGUUCAGGAGAUACUGGACACUGAGAGGACCUACGUACAGGACCUGCACAGCAUCGUACAGGAUUACCUGGAGUGUAUCAGUAACCAGUCUUGCCUGGCACUGAGCUCAGAGGAGAGAGGCUCUCUAUUCGGGAACAUACGAGACAUCUACCACUUCAACAGAGAUCUGCUUCAUGACCUGGAAAAGUGUAAUUCGGACCCUGUGGCCAUCGCAGAGUGCUUCGUAGCCAAGAGUGAAGAGUUCCACAUUUACACUCAGUACUGCACCAACUACCCAAGGUCAGUGGCUGUGUUGACUGAGUGUAUGAGGAAUAAGGUGUUGGCCAAGUUUUUCCGGGAGCGUCAGGAAUCUCUGAGACACUCCCUGCCUCUGGGCUCCUACCUGCUCAAGCCAGUGCAGAGGAUCCUCAAGUACCACCUACUGCUGCACGAGAUAGCCAACCACCUGGAGAAGGACACAGAGACAUAUGACGUGGUGCAGGAAGCCAUUGACACCAUGCAGAGAGUGGCCUGGCACAUCAACGACAUGAAGAGGAAACACGAACACGCUGUCAGGCUGCAGGAGAUCCAAAGUCUGCUAACCAACUGGAAGGGGCCUGAUCUGAUUGGCUACGGGGAGCUGGUUUUGGAGGGGACAUUCCGUCUGCAGCGGGCCAAGAAUGAGCGCACGCUCUUCCUGUUCGACAAACUGUUGCUGGUCACCAAGAAACGCGAGGAGGCCUUCACCUACAAGGCCCACAUCCUGUGUUGUAACCUGAUGUUGGUGGAAAUCAUUCCAAAGGAGCCACUCAGCUUCAGUGUGUUCCACUACAAGAACCCCAAACUACAGCACACUGUACAGGCUAAGUCCCAGCAGGACAAACGCAUGUGGAUCCUACACCUGAAGAGACUCAUACUGGAAAACCACCCGGCUAAAAUCCCAGCCAAGGCCAAGCAGGCCAUUUUGGAGAUGGAUGCUAUGCACCACCCAGGGUUCCACUACAGUCCCGACGGGGACAAGAGGAGCCCCCACACCAAGGAGGGCUCCAACCCUCGACGGGUCCGCAGGAAGUCAGAGCCUUUGUCCAAGUUACUGAAGAACGCUAAACAUGGUGUAAAGGAAGAUGGCUCAAAGCGGACGAGUCUGGGUGCCACCCUGCUCUCCCCCGUGUCCCAGCUGGCUCUGGGCACUAUUGGUCGCAGCCGCAGCCUGGUCAACCAAUCACAGGAGUCCCUGGACCCUGGCGACCAUUUUGACCAUAGCGACAGGGAGGAUGGGGAGGAGCCACACCAGCAGGAUGCCGACGAUGAGGACGACAGUGGCCUGGGUGGGGGAAAGAGGCUGCGAGUCCCAGAGAAGUCUAGCAGGAAGAAGUUGAACCAACAGGCAUCUAUGGACAGCAGCAUCGACCAAUGGAAGACCUUCAACAUGAGCGCUUCAGACCUACAGAGGGCUAACAAAUCUCUUCAGGGAGGUCACCACCCUCCUCUCCUCAGGACGCCCCGUGUGACAGAGGAACCCCCGGACACCCAUGUCCCCUCCAUGCUGGUCCCGGGGGGUGACCCGCAGACGGUGGGGAACAUCUGGGCAGACCACCGUGUCCGCAGAGCCAUGUUCCCCACGCGUCAGCGCACCAUGAACCCAGACGAAGAGGACGAGGACAUCUACCAGAUGUUUGUCCCCACUGAGCUCGGCGGGCCAGAACCAGAACCACUUCCUGUUAGGUCAGAGGUCACAUCGUCUCCCAGCAGGACCCAGGGGCGACCCUGCAGCUGGCACAUGGAGCAGGUGCCCACGGUGCAGAUAGACCCCCCGUCCACCGGGGACAGCAGAGGGCUGCGGAGAGCCAGCAGCGUGGGGGAGAAACAGACUGGCGGCCGACAGAGCCAGCCUGGUCAGGAUGACGACCAGGAAGGGAUGAUCCACGCCGAAUCCUCCAGCAAUGACAUCUCGGGUUCGUCGUCGGCCGAGCAGCUGAUGAUAGACGACAUAGAGAACAUUUACGACAACAUCAGCUAUGAGGACCUGAAGAGCAUGGGGCUUAUCAGGAGGGAGCAGGAGGAUCGUGGGGCCCAAAGAGAGGCCCUUAGAGACACACAGGGGCCUGGGGCUCUAAACACUGGGGUCACUGGGGGUAUUACAGAGCCUCUCAUCGAGCCAGACUGCUUGUCUGACAGUAACCACUCCUCCACCGCCCAGGAGGGGGUGCCAUUUGGGACGUGUGCGCUGAAGAUCGUGGAGGAGGAGAACAUCUAUGACACUAUCUGCUUUAGGGAACCCCCAGCCAAGGGUGACAGGGAUGGGGACAGCCUGGGGGGCUUCGUGUCCGAGGAGAGCCUCCAUUUUGGGGAAGACGAGGGGACGGAGGAUAACUCCCACCCAGUCCACGGCACCUCCGAACCGGACUAUUCCUCCUCAUCUGCCUCGGAAACGUUCUCCCAACGUUCCCACACCGGUGACCAGAUGUCGGAGCAGGUGGACGAGAUCUGGAACGAUUUGGAAAACUACAUCAAGAAGAACGAGAAGAAAGCGGACCGCCUUCCUGCCGCGUUUCCCGUGAGUGCCAGUGAGGCCCCCAAGAAGACCUCGUCGGUCAAGAGCAGCCCCAAAAAGAACAGCUCCCAAAAACACAGCUCCCUUACCAAGAGCCCCCCAGCCCGCAAUCCCAACCCCCCCACUGUGACCCCCCCUCACCAAUUCACCAUCCCCAUCUUCCCAGAGCUGCUCAGAGAGGCUACCUUUGAAGAGGAAGACCAUUACCCCUCCCCCUCUCCCCUCACUCCCCCGUCCCUCCCCUUGCCUGCCAUCCCAGACCCUGCCCCUCCCGGGACAGUCAAGAGCAUCCGUAACAGACUGGCCCGCCUCAGCAGUGGCAGCUUCCGUCUAGAGGAUGAUGAUGAGCUGGGGGAGCUGCCCCAACGGGACCCCAGCCAGAGGGACCCCUCCAUCAGGAACCUCCACAACCUGUUCCCUGGGGAGCUGACCGGGCUGGGGGGUCUGGACUCCCCCCUGGCCGCCUCUUCUCUCCUUCCGGGGGACUCAGUGGACAGCUUCUCCCAGGAGCUCAUGGACAAGACCAAGAACCGUGUGUUCCUGAUGGCUCGCCAAUACAGCCAGAAGAUCAAGAAGGCCAAUCAGCUGCUCCGCAUGAAGAGCAUGGACCCCGGCGACAUGGGGUCAGGAGGACACAACAGGGAGGAGAAGAAGCAGCAGAAAGACCUGGAGAAGAAGCAGAAAGACCUGGCAGCCAUUUUGGAGGAUAAGAAGCAAGGCGGGGCUGCCAUAGGUGCGAGGAUAGCCGAGUACUCCCAGCUGUAUGACCAGGUGAUGUUUAAAAACCCUUCAGGUCAGGGCUCCAGCAGCCCGGGCCCUCCUGGCUCGCACCAUGCCCACCCAGGGCUGCCCUCCUCCCCAUCCCUGCCUGAGACCUGCUCCUCCCUGGGCCUAGGGCUGGAGGAUGACUGGCUCCUCUCCACCUACAGCAAUGGGGAGCUGGCCAGCUUUGUGUCAGAGAUACGGUCCUCCACCCCCCAGUGCAGGCUCACCGCAGCCUGCUCCGUCCCCACCCUAAAGAUCCUACCUCCCUCCCCAGAGACCUCACCCACCCAGCGGUGGAGCUCUUGUGUCUCCGCCCCCAGCGAGAAGGAGGAGCAUGUGUACAGUUCUAUUAAACGACACACCUCCUUUAACUCCCCCUCCUCUUCCUCGUCCUCCUCUAAACCACCUACCAGCCGCUGCCAGUCUAUCUGCUCACUGGGCGACCGGCAGCAGGAGAAGGAGAAUGACUGUACCAGGUCCAACCGUGGCCCGGCUGUGGUCCAGAGUUCCUCAGAAAGACUCCAUGGCCCCAGCAGUCUGGGCCGGGCCGGUCGGCAGAGCAGCCUCCCGGAGCGGUCCAGUUGCGGUCACAGUCACUCUGACCUCACCCUGCAAGACGGUCAGCAGGUGGUAGUCCUGAACCGUGCCUCCCCACUGAGCAUGCUCACAGCCACCCAGAACUACCUGGCCAACUUCAAGGACAAUGGAGACGACGAUGACGACGAUUACGUAGAGAUCCGCUCUGAGGAUGAGAGCGAGCGCGAGCGGUACCAGGACUGCUCUGGGCAGCGUAACAGCGGUGGUGGUGUUGGCUCCAGAGGGCCAGCCCAGAGCCAGACCCAGAGUCUGCCCUGCACCCCGUCGAGGUCCUCCUGUGGGCUGACGGACCGGGAGCGUCUGCAGGAGUACCUGUGGGCGGAGCAGCAGGCGCAGCAGAACCAGCCCAACAUCGUCCAGUCACUCAGAGAGAAGUUCCAAUGCCUCAGCUCCAGUAGCUUCGCCUGAGUUGCCAUGACCACCCAUAACACACCACCAUAUGAAUAUACUAGUGCAUGUAGUUUAAGCAGGUCUGUAGCUUUGCCUGUCUCAUCAUGACAGCAAAUAACACCACACGAAAGACAAAAAAUGACAUUGUUUUCUUCCAUCCACAACACGCUGGAGUUUUGUUGACAAAGAAUGACACACUAAAUGCUAAAUUCAACACACUACUGUACACAUAACACUACACACAACACAGGUCUCUAGCUUUGCCAAUAUGCAUUUUUGCCUGAUUCACUGUUACGACAUCACACACAACAUGCAAUACUGCAGCUUUGCCAAAGUCACAUGGUCAAAUUUCCACAUAUCACAAAACAACAUGCCAAAUACCGCACCUGAGUAGUCAUGGCAACAUACAUGUACAGGAACAUAUUAGUACUACAAAGGCACUCCACCGCCACAGCACUUCCUUACAGUCUUCCAUGUCAAGCAGAUUGACUUCCGUAUCUAUUUUAGAUACGUUGAAAAAUAACUAUGAAACUGUAAAAAUUAUCAUUUUUAGCAAACUGGAUGAGUCCAACACAGUGUGGAAAGGGGCUCAGAGUGUAUGGGCUUAAGGUUUAAAGGGAAGCAUACAGGUCAUCUUUUUGAGAUGUUGGAAAUGAGUAUUCCAUAUACUGUACAGAUAUUUCUGUUAUAAAUAGUAAGAAAUAGAAAAUGAUCCAUUAAUUCUAACUGUUCCCCCUUCAACAGAAACACUGAUAACCCAAAAAUGUAAUUUGGUAGACUGCUGUAGUCUGCUAGCAUCUCUUGAUGAGGAAAUGGCACUGGCUGAAUUUGAGUUAUGUUGCUGUAAUUUCCUCUUCUGAACACUAUCAUUUUAGUAAACAACCAACUAAUCAAGGUUUUUAACCUUUUGUUUGAGUUACUCUGAAAAUAUCUUCCUUUUUAAAGGUUGUUUUAGCAUAUUUAACUUCCUAUAGCUGAGCUUACCCCUUAUCAGAGGGAUGAUCCUAUGUGACUAGUUGUCAGUGGUAGUGUUUUAACUGUGCAUAAUACAGUGUCAACCAAUUUAACAAUCUGUACAAGCAGCUUAAUGAAUUUGCAAUUAGCUCAGGAUUAUAGGCUAGGUAUGGACAUCUUAUCAGCGAUAAUAUAAGGAAGAGGAUCCACGUGCCUUUUUAAGCAUGGAGCCUCCACACAUAGUACCUUGCUGUUCAUUAGGUUGAGUAUAUUUUACAUUGGGCUAUGGUGACGUCAAGCGUAGAUAGCCUGUACCAGUCUUUCUAUAAUGAUUGGGUUUUCUCAACCUGCUCAAACGCCUUGGUCAUGACUAGGGGAUCGCGCUUUAAACAGAAAAAUCUUAAAAUCAAGAGAAAAGUGUGUUGAUAUUUCAAAGAUAUUCAAUAAGCAGCCGCGAUAGGAGUUAUCUAUUUAUUUUGAAUCUGUGGGUCUGAAAAUGUUAAUAAGUAUAUAUUAGUCUUCUGCGUACACUAUGUAGGUUGAGUGGCAUAAUGCAUCUUAAUAAGAGAAACCUAAAAUGUUAUUUUAUCUUAUUCAUUUUAAAAUGUUGUUUCUAAGAGGGACCAUGGAGGAGAGCGUUAAAUGAGUGCAGUACUGUGUUUUGAUGUACAUUUCUCUUAAACCUCACAGAACUUCGGGUCAGAUUUUUUGUUUACUUCAUGGGACACCCCCCCACCUUCACACUACUGAUCAGCACCCCACCCCUCCCACUCCCUUUCUAAACACGUUAUGCCUGAAUAUCAUCCAAUAAUCCUGAUUCAUUAAAAUAUUCACAAUAGUCAUAUUAGGAUAGAUUGUCACAUACAUUGAGUUGACUUUUUGUUUUAACUCGGACGUCACUUUACAGUUUCAGUAGUGCGGAUACACACUUAUUAAGAAUUUGUUUCAUGUUUGAUCUCAUCUUCAACUUACAAUGUCUUAUUUAUUUACAAAAAAUCCCUAUUCUUGACCGCACACAUCGCUAUUAUGAAACGCCACAGCCAGUUUGUAAAUUAGAAAAACAUUUAUUUAUUAAGAGGUUGGCUUCUUGAUGAAUUUCGGGACACUUUGGAUAAAAUUUGGUUCAUUUGUUUACUGUGAAUGUUACAAAAAUGUUUCGUUUUUUAUUUUACGCACUGUUUGAUAUUUUCCUUAUCAAAAUAAUAAAUGAAAAGUUGGAAUGCACAAUAUCAUGGCCUACUGUUCAAAUCAAUGUAAUGUAUCCAAAACAACUUAAAAAUAUGAAGUAUGUUUUUUGUUCAUUGUAUAUUUUGUUUCUCGUGUUUCACUGGUGGGGAUUGUCAACCUUCAUUGAAAUUGAAUUGACUCUUGCACUUUUUCUUUCUUUUUUAACAUUUGAUUUGUAAACACUUUGUAAAGAUGUACAUUUUAGGAGAGUUAUUAUUGUAUGCCAUAGGUUUGCUUUAUAAUGAUUUAAUGUUUAACUUAAGUGUACUGUACAUUUUUUUACUGCUAGUUGGCAUUGCUCAAGAAAACAAAUGUAUUUGAGGCAAUAAAUAAAAGAUAAAAUGUG